AGCGAGUGCCGUCAGGCGCACGGGUGUUACGACGCGCGCCGUUCCUUCGAAAUCCUCGUGUAUCUCCAACUUAUCGCAUCCCUUCUUACCACCAUUGUGACAGUUUUUCACGGGCCAACGUCGGUGUCCUCGUCGGGACAACACAGUGUGCAUAUUUCGUGCGGUUACAAAAGUGUCGUUCCGCAAUCAUAAUUCUUCGUUCGAUCGAAUCAUGACAGUCCGCAACGAUUCGCACGGUCCGACUUCGAGAGCGUCCGCACUUCGAUCGCCGCCAGCGAGGGAAACGUUUGUGCUUUCUGCGGGAAUCGUUUCGAUUUUCGAUCCGAGUUCUGCCACGUGAUACGUGCUCUCGCUUCUUCGCGACAUCUUUUGAUUUCGAUCGAUCGAAACAGAUGCUGGUCGGCGAUACCGUGCCUCGUCGAUGGUGGCAUGCAUGGCGGGACACAAUCACCGGCAGGACAUUGUAAUGAAUUAUGCAGCAGAUCAAAUCACGCCUAUACGAGAAUCAUCGACUUUGCACGCUCGAUCCUCCCGUAUUAAUGCGCCGAUGUCGCUCGUUGGCUGCUGUCGUUACCCGUGAAUAUUACCAGUGGCCUCGAGCGUCCGAAGUGUUGCUACUAUUUCCCUAGAAGUUUCUGACAAAGGACCGAUUAUUUACUCUGGUGUUUGUUCGCGCAGUGACAGUGUACGCUCGCAGAAUCUCGAUCGACGUAAACAGCGAUCCCAACGAACGAUUACCGGGCUGAAGUUCGUCACUUCGAUUUUCGCGUGCGAGUUGAGCUGCCGUUUCUUGUGACUCACGUCGCACACGUGUUCCACUAGGUAACAAUCGCUUUCGUAAUAUUGGCAACUUGUUGGCAGCGCAGUUCAAUUCCCGCGAGACGUUUCAUUCCGCGUAACCCGCCGUGCUGUUUUAACACCGUGACGCUGCAUCGGAUCGAGAUGUGUCGUUAUUUCGAUAAUCAAACGAUCGCGAUAGUAGGGGGAGUGUCCUUAGGGUUGCCAGAUGUGCUCCGUGCAGAGUACAUUUCUUUUUAAGAAUUGUAGAACUAAUCGUUCAGGUUAUAUUUUCUGUAUCAUUUGGCAACCCUGAGUGUACAGUGGGUUUGAACGUUGACAGUGAGGAUACAGUGGAAUUGUGAGUAACGUGAUUUCCCGGAGAAUCGUUGGAAGUGGGAAACUCGGAUAAUCGUCAUGGCUUACGUGCUCUGGCGAGUCUUUAUGAAGAGGUACUCGAAGGUGCGGCUGGGCCUCAGGAAUUUACCCGUGAUACCGGCGGAGCGUCGGGUACCGGAGAAAGAGGAGACCUGGUCGCUAGCCCCGGAGCCAAACGAUCCCUGCACCAACUGCGAAGAUCUGCCCGAAACAAAGUCUAAAGGUUCCCAGGAUGAAGCCCCGAAGAUCCCUGAAGUACCAGAAGCGUCCAGCGAAAUUCCAGAAACUGGCACGCUACCUAGAAACCAAGAGUCCCGAAAGAGCAAGACGAAGAAGGUGAAGAGCUACCUUAGGAAAUGCAAGGGUGCGCUGUCGAAAGGAGACGAGGCCUCCUCGGACAAGAAACGCCAGGAACACUGCAGUUCCUGGUAUCUGGAAGAGGCCGUGUCACCAGAGGACACGGAUCCGCGCGAGAAACAGCGCGAGGCUUCGACCGACAGGAUUUCCGAAGCCGAGGAAGCUGUGGAGGCAGUCGAAGAGGACAAUGCUACCGUAUCGCAAAAUCCUUCUAAGAGCGUCGACGACGGCGAGACUCCUGACGAGGCUUUGGCUAGGCUGCUCGACGAGGAUCGGAAGAACGAUCUGAGAAGAAGUCGAUCCUCUCUGUACGAAGAUGCUAGGGACUCUAUAAACGAGCAAGCCACGGUUGUCGAAAGUAACUCCAGCAAGGUAGUUAAAGACAGGAACGAGGCGGUGUCUCUGGAAACGCUGACCACCGAGGACACGAACCUGAACAAGUGCGACUCCAGCGAUACUUUGAUAGCGGAAGCGGGGGAGGUAUGCGCUGCUUAUCAACCGGCUGACGGCGAGCAAGCUGACGAAGAGGAGGGCAACGAUGAGACGCUGCAGGCGAUGUCUCUGCUUGGGGGUCGCGGAGACGUCGCUUCGUUGGUCCGGAACUUGCUUGGCCCGAUUUACGGCGAUGGCGUUAUCAAUCUGCUGAUACGACAGGCCCGGGACAUCCUGGUCUGUGCUUAUCACGGCAACUUGGAGAACUUCCUCAGAACUUAUCUCUCACCGGCCGCUUCGCUGAUCGCGGAAGUGAAGACCGUCGCCUCCGAAACGGGGAACGAGUCCGUAGUACCAGAAGGCUGGCCUCUGACGUUGGGCAGACGUGGCCUCAUCCUGCAACUAGGAGAGCUAGAAGCCUCCGCACUACGUCUCGGGGAAUGUUACCUCUGCAUACGCAGCGCAGCUGCAGUUGCAACCACCUCGGGGAGCGGCGAAGCGGCGGCUGGUGAAACCGUCGAGCGGAAUACCGUCGAGAUCGCAAUAGUUUGGAGAACGACGUCGAUGAGGGCCCCAGGGUUCCUCGGUUGGGACCGCGAGGAGGAGUUCAUGGACUGGCGGGAGGUGUCUCGCAAAGGUCAAGGCGGCAGUUCGGCAGGCGGAGGCGCAAGUAUCUCAGGUCCGCAAAGCUCCAGUACCGCGAAGGUGACGCGUCCUCGUCGAAGAUCAAAGGAAGAGCCCCGUGCUCGGACCCGGGAGGGUCUGCCGGCGGAUCAUCGCCGGGAGGAGACCCGGUCGAUCGACAGGUUGGAGUGCAAGAGCUCGAAUGAGAAUCCCGAGGCUGAAGCCGAGACGGGCCACGCGGUGAUGAAGUCGAGGUCGACGUCGAGCGUUAAUACUUGGAAACCGGAGCUCGACGGUGACUCUGAAGCAACAACGACGACGACGACGACGACGACGACCUCCAGAGUCAGCUCGAACAAUUGUUCUAGUCUAUCCGGCGACGAGAACCGCGCCAGAGUGAAGAGGUGCGCCAAGGUGGUCUCGUCGUCGACCAUGGAGAAGUGGAAGGAGACGGCCAGGUGCGAGACCAGGAGCAAACCCUUGGUCCCCGAGGACCUGAAGACACCUCUGCGUCUCGAUAAAGCUGUCCUCGAGAGGAAGAAAGCCGGGAGCAACGACGCUGACCAGGAUGACAGACUGCAGACUGGGAAUGUCGACGACAUCAGCGACGACGACCUGCCGGCUUUCAUCGGGAACCUUCUGAUCUCUGUCGAGAGGAAGAUCGAAAGGGUUUCCCUGGACGACCUCACGUUCCCUUGCCCAGCCUGCAGGAAUAUCGACACAGACGAUCCCCUGCUUGGAUGCAGGUGCGCGGGGGAUGACUGCAGCUGCGGCACUGGCGAAGACACUUGCGAUUGUUCCACUUCUGCCAAGAGGAAGGAGCAGUCUGCGAGGAGCUUCGAGGUGGCUGGCAUCAAGCACAUUGACAGCGAUGACGAGGAGGAGGUGCGGAUGGGAUUCGGAACGAAAAAGAGAGCCGACGACGUGGUAGCGCCCAGGACCAUUCACGACGUACCGGAACACGUUCUCACGUGUGGCCUCACGCUUCCUGGGUACACGGACGUAAACGGCAGACCUGUUCUCGAGUUCGAGGAUGUACCAGCUACAAGAGAACCCUUCAACGCUAAGCAUGUGUCGUCGUUUCUUCUCUACCUCGCACGUUUGCACAGCGCCGACCAGGCGAGGAACGGAUUCACCCUGCUGGUCCGCGGCGACUCUCCGGCCUGUCUGGAGUUUCUGGACAAGGUCCUGGCCCUUCUGAAGGACCGAGUGAGCGUUCCGCAAGCGUUGCUGCUGCAAACAUCCGUUCCCGACGGUUCAAGAGACUCCCAGUUACCUUUGAGCCGCGUCAAGACGACCAUCGUGGACCACGACACGCUGUGCAAACACAUUCCCAGGCGGGAAGAAAACCACGACCAGGCGCUAUGGAUCGCGUUCUAUAAGGAGUACGACAGCCUGAUGACAGAGUGGCAGGCGGCGGGUCGCAGACUGGCCCUGGAGAUGUCCGAGCUGAAGGAAUGCAGCAGCCUCUCGGGCGCGUUGACGCCUCUCGGCCGGUUGCUGACGGACCCUACCUUGAGACGAACAUCCCGGGACGCCGAGGAGGCGAUCUCCUCUCUCGAAGAACGCGCGUCGCCGCUUCUACACCUCGAGCACGUUAGAUUGUCGGUGAAACGGGCACGGGGACUGGUCGAGGAGGUCGGGAACGCAGCCACCAGGCUCGAAUCCUCCUUCGAGUCCAGACGAGCCACCAUACGCAACCUCGCCGUUCUGAGAAGCAUCGAGGACCAGGCCCACGAGGUGUUGGGUUGGCUGUGCAAGAAAGGCGAGGACAUCCUGACGAAGCACGCGCAGCACUCUGUCACGAAUUUGACUGCGGCGCGGCUGAACGAGAGGGAAUUCGAGAAGUUCUAUUUCACGUCGAUGAGACAUCUUGACAAGGGCAGCGACCUAGCGGAGGCGGCGAGCGCGAGCGGACUCCGCGAACUCGCGAGAUCCUUGAAGCAACAUCUGCGAGGAUUCGGUAGCCGCCUGGAGGACAGACGCGAGUACCUCGAGGACACGUCGAGAUGUUGCCUGCUUCAGGACAGGGCGUACGAGUGGGCCCAGGAGGCUCGUCUCGCUGGCGAAAGAAGGGCCCAGCAGUUCCUGAUGGCGAGACCACCCCUGCCGCCGGAGCAUUUCACGGAAAUGAUGGCGCUCGCCGAGAAGCUCGGUAACGAGAUCCUCCUCGAACAAUGCCGCAUCGCCAGGAACAAGUGCGCGGAAGCCCUCGAGAUCGCGAGGACCACUUCCGCACCCGGCAGUCCGGCCAGGAGAAGGUCCUUCGCCGCCUCAGAGUCCGCUACCUCGUGGGAGGACACUCUUGCCAAGAGAACAUCGUGGGAUGACAGUGACAGCAGCGCAUCGUACGCGUGCCCCAUGGAGAGCAUAGGAUCCGCCGGAAGUGGCGGAAGACCGGUGUUGGACAACAUCGCGGAGCUUCGUGAAAGCGCGGAGCAACUUUUGGAUUGUUCACCUCCGAGAACUCCGCCUCGAAGUCCAGCUCCGAGGCGGCUCGUGAAGCCUCCGGUGAACUCGCACCUCCAUAGAGCAGCCAGCAUCGCGCCAGGCAUGAAGGCGAAAAAAACAAUACUGCUGAUAAUGAGGGAAAUGAUACAGACCGAACGAGACUACGUGAAGUCCCUCGAGUACAUAAUAGAGAAUUAUAUACCGGAGCUGGUGCGCGAGGACAUCCCGCAGGCGCUGCGAGGACAACGCAACGUGAUCUUCGGCAACGUCGAGAAGAUCUACGAGUUCCACAGCCAACACUUCCUACGGGAACUGGAGCAGUGCGAGCAGUCCCCGAUGAACGUGGGACAGUGUUUCCUCAGACAUGAGAAGAAGUUCUACCUGUACGCCUUGUACAAUAAGAACAAGCCGAACUCCGACUCGCUGAUGGCCGAGUAUGGCACGGUGUUCUUCAAGCAGAAGCAGCUCGAGCUGGGCGACAAGAUGGACCUGGCCAGCUACUUGCUGAAGCCGGUGCAACGGAUGGGCAAGUACGCGUUGCUGCUGCAGCAGCUGGUCAAAGCGGGAACAGAUCUGUCGGAGCAAAUGUCCGGCAAAGAGGAAAAGGACGAGAAAGAGGACGGUUUGAAGCCGAUGGUCGAGGGCGAGGCGGAUUUGAGAGCAGCCGAGCAGAUGGUCCGGUUCCAACUGCGCCAUGGAAACGAUCUGCUGGCGAUGGACUCUCUUCGUGACUGCGACGUGAACGUGAAGGAACAGGGCAGGCUGCUGAGGCAGAACGAGUUCCUCGUCUGGCAGGGCAAGGGCAAGAAGUGCCUGCGACAGGUCUUCCUCUUCGAGGAUCUUAUACUCUUCAGCAAAGCGAGAAGAUUCCCCGAUAGGAAGAACCUGGACAUCUACAUCUACAAGCACAGCAUCAAAACGACGGACAUCGGGCUGACCGCGGUGAUCGCCGACUCGCCCACGAAGUUCGAGAUUUGGUUCCGCAAGAGGAAACCAGGCGACACGUACACGUUGCAGUGCGCCAGCGAGGACAUCAAGAAAGCUUGGACGGAGGAACUGAGCAACCUUUUAUGGAAGCAGGCGCUGCGAAACAGAGAAGUGCGCCUGGCGGAGAUGUCGAGCAUGGGCAUCGGAAACAAACCUUGUUUGGACAUUAGGCCUAGCGCGGAUCAGAUCAAUGACCGUUCGAUCAGUGUAGCUCAACUCUCGAAAACACCUAGAUUUAGAAACUCGAUAGCAGUAUCGAUGUCAGAAGACUCCGGUCGCUGCAGCAGAAGGCCGCACAGCGUGAUCUCUGUCAGCUCGUCCUCAAGUAGCGGUGGUAGCAGCGGUCCGCCCACGACCUUGAACCUUGGCUUGGACACCAGUCCCCGACCCCAUCACCGCAGUACCACGCUCAACAGCCAAUGCAGCGUUGAGAGCGGCAUAAUCGCGGACAUAUCGAUCGUCUCGGACGACGGUGGCGACGGUACAGAGAGAAGUCACUGGAACUCGACCUUAGAGAGUCCCACGUCCCACCUGCCGACCACGUCCACGCCCUUACAAUCGCCGACGAGCGCGACCGCAACGACAACAGUUACCUCGGCUUCUUCGUCCGACACUAAUCUCGCACCCUACGACCAAGACAUGUCCAUUAAUUUAUAAACGCCGCCCCUGAAAAGGGCCGCCCUAACAUAGAGCAGAGAGUCUAUACGUUCUCGAUUCACUUGCAAGUUGUCCCACGGUGGGUCCACCGUGACCUUGACGGCCACGAAGACCGCGAGAACCGGCCGCGGAUAUCGAAAUGAAAUUGCUCGAUCACAAUUGCUCGCGAUUAUUUGUCACGUGGCGAUCGCUAGCCGCGGGACAGAGCCCGUUAACUUGUAGAAGAGUGUGACGGCGUCCCAUACACCUCCGGCAUCACGCUUAACUGUGUCCCACGAACGGUCGCCACCGCGAUCCAGGGACCUACACGACGGACCUCUGGGCCGGAGCAGUUCAACUUUCAAGUGAAUUUAUCUUUUGAUACGCUUCGAAACACAUACAGACACACACCAUACUUGGAUACACGUGAAACGAACACACACCGACACACGCGCACACAUGUACACACAGAGAGACACGUGUUCUGAAUGGAUCCACGCGAUAGUUGUCACGUCUGAAUUUUAUAAACCAUUGAUUUCCAGAAGUAACGAACGGCAACGUGUAUUUUCUUAUACUGUCUCCUCCGAAUCCACCAACGUGCUCAAGAGAAUCAUAGAUAGAGAUGUGUUCCGACGGGGUAUAUAUAUAAAUAAAUGAAUGAAUAUAAAUAUGAAUAUAAAUAUAUAAAUAUAACAUAGAUGUGUAUGGCUGCAUGUUUCAAACGAUGCGAUCCGCGUUGUCGCGAACGGCAUGCACCGGUUACCAUCUUCUCCCCCCCAAAACCCCCUAAACAUUGGCAUUCCUGGAUACCAGCGACCGUUCUUCGUAUUCCCAAAUGGCUCGUCCGAUGGUACAUCUUUUUUAUAUGCUUUAUUUAUACAUACAUACAUACGUGUAGUUAAUAAAUUGAUAUCGAUAUUCCUCGUUCCACGACCGGACGCAGUUUUUCGUUCGAUGAAAACACCUGAAGAACAUCCUGUGCCCCUCUUUCUGUUUCUUUCUUCUUUUUUUUUUAUUGUGCCGCAUUCUUCAGGUACUACAGCAUUCGAUUGUUCAUCUCAUCCACGAAAACCGCGCGCGCGCGCGCGUCCCUCUUCAGGAAUGUCAGGCAAACCAAUGCGCACACACACAUACCACUUUGUAAUAUAAUGUAAUAUUAAAGGUUUAUACGAUGUAGCCGCAAGUAAUAUAACCGAUAGUUUAUUAUUUCCAGAUUAUAUGUAUAUAUAUACAUACGCAUAUAUAUAUAUACAUAUACAUACUAUAUAUAGAGAGAUAAUGUUAUAUUCUUUUUAUGUCAGUCAUUUGCGAAACCCUUUAUCACCUGCAGGUGGAAACCUAGACUCUGGCCUGUAAACGAAAGCCAAAUUACCGACCCCCCGAUUUAGAGGGAAAAUCUCCAACCACCGAAUCCGAGAAAUAAUAAAACUUUAGGGAUUUCUAGAGUACAUGUGUCCAUGUAUUACGCCAUUUUUGUAAUUGCCUUAAUUCGUUCCAAGAUGUUAAACUAAACCCCUGAAAAUUCAGCUAUUUUUCAAUUUUAUAACUCCGUAGACAGUAAGAUGUAGACUAAAUAUUUUAAGACAAAAGUUAUCUUUUUUUUAACUGUAACAAAAAUAUUAACAAUUGUUUGAUAUUGAUUUUUAUAUAAAAAUUCUUAUUACUUAUUUAUUAUCAUUAUUAUAUACAUGUAAAUCCCAGAGUCUUUAUUCGAGAAGGCAAUUAAUAUUCCUCAGAAGGAACUUGGGCAAAAGAAUCCAUGUGUGCUCUAGACGUUCCCAAAGUGUCCGAAUUUUUUGGAUUCGCGGAUUCGUCUCCUCGUUUGUCUUUUCCUUCUCGAUUAAUUAAAGAAUUUAUGUUGUCAUCGGUACCCGGUGUAGACGUUUCACCUGACUCGAGACGAUCCACGCCAGUUUCGAUGUUAAUUACUUGAUGAGCCGCGAUGCAGUUCCGGCUGUGCAGGCUCGUUUCCGAUUCGACUGAUGCUUCCGGCACGAAACGGGAUGAACGACGAGGUUCGAUUUUUGAACACGUUCGAUCAACGGGACUGAUCACAGUCACAGCUCGGCGAACUUAGCGACCGAAGAAAGAGAACGGACGAACGACACACACACACGAGUAGCAAUCAGCAAUUAUCCUGUCACAAUAAUUCUGUAUUGUUACGCCGCUUCCGAGUCAGUCGAUCAGCCAUUGUUAUUGCCAAGGUCUGCCAAGGUAUCUCGACGAUACCUUCAAUGGGACAGUGACCAAAACCGUUUUUCUUUCGUAUUUCCUAGGGGUACCGAGAGACCAAGAACAUUUUCUAAGGUAUUUAGAUCACCGUAGUUUGUAGCCCGUAGCGGAUCAUUGCAAAGAUUUUUCACGCCCGGCGCAGUCCGAUGCAUCCCUAAUUUUAGUUCUCAUUCCUCGUUUCUCUCUCCCUCUCUCUCUCUCUCUCUCUUUAUCUCUGUUUCUCCUUCUCUGUAUCUAUGUCUUUUGUUCUCUCGACGAGUCGUGAUUUAGUUAUGUAUUUUCUACUCUUUUUUUUUUCUCUAUGGAAUCCGGUGGAUCGUGUUUUAACGAGUCGAAAAGAUUGUUUUCGAACGAGAUCGACGGAAAUCGGAAUCAUGCCAUAAAUGAAAUCGGUGCAUCCGGCUGGGCAUCCCGUUCCUUCGGAAGCGAGACCAAACAGGGAACGAAAGUAAAGAGGAACAUUUCUAUUUUACGAGCGGAUUUCACUUUUUGGUAAUCAGUGAUCACUGAUCACAAAUUGGUACCGCUUCGCGAACCAGGGAUGUCUUUCUCAAUGACGAUAAUAACACCCGGUACCUUAAGAUACACCGAUAGUCACUUAAACGUUACACGCUCGUAGAUAUUUAUUAAUAUUUUUUUAAGUAGAUCAUUUUAGUCCGUAGACGAUAAGUAUCCGCAUCAUUCUAACGAAAUGUAUAUAAAUACACAUAUAUUUACAUUGAUAACAUGAUUAUUUCAGUAUUGUACUGUGUCUAACACCGAUGUAUUUUAUUACUUGCUAAAUAUACUGUAUUGGGUGCCUUUUGUAGCGAA